UCAAAAAUUGAGCUUCAACUGAUGUUGCGUUAUGAUUUUGAGCAGGAGGACUUUGACAAGCAAAUCCGGUCAUCUGCUUAUACUUGCAAUGAUGACGCCACAGCGUCGAAGUUGCGAGACUUCUUGAGGUCGGAUACCAUUGGCAUUGACCACAUCAUUAAGACGCCCUUUGGGGUGCGACGAUUGGUCUACAGCGACUUUACGGCCUCCGGCCGCGCCUUGCGAUGGGUCGAGUCUUUCAUUACCGACCGAAUACUGCCUGCGUAUGGCAACACGCACUCCCUUUCGACUGCGACAGCACGGCAGUCCACCUUCUUCCGAAAUGAAGCCAGACAAAUCGUCAAGCACUACCUCAGUGCCACUCAUGAAGAUGCUCUCAUUUUUUCUGGCCACGGCACAACAGGUGCUGUGCAGAAGUUUGUGAGCAUAAUGUGCCGUUCAAAUUGGUUGCUGCCGGCUUUUGAGGACCGCGCAUCUCCUGGAACAGAUGUCUCUGAUGGCUUCCUCCGAGAAGAUAGGUGGGGCAGCUACGAGUGCUCGCUUUGCACCGUGCGUCUGAAAACGGAAGCACAAUAUCGAAGCCAUCAGGGGAGUGAGAUGCACCAAGAGAAGCUCCGAAAGCAGCGGCCCAAAGAUGCCUUUGAAGGCACUCGGCGCUUGUGUAUCCUUUGUGAUCCUUUGGCACACCACUCUUCCUUACUACCUUUCCGAGAACUGACUCGCCGCUACGUCCAUGCGACCACAGAGCCCAUCUUCAGUGAUUCCAUUGCAACUCGUUCGGGUCGUUCCGAGAGCAACGUGGAAAUCGAGGUUUGCACCCUUCAGUUGGACGCAAGCACGGGAUUGUUGGACGAGAAGGACCUCGUUCAACGGCUGCAGAAGAUCCAGAGUUUGAAUCUUCGCUGCAAAAUCAAAAAUACGCAUAAAUUUGCCACGUGA